AUGGAGAAUCAGCAAGGAGUUUUCUUCAAUGUCACCGGCGAUAUCAUCGCCCAAAGCGGCAUGCGGUUCGAAGUGAAAGACGACUAUAUUCCUACAACGGCCGAGUAUUUUUACAGAACCACAGAGAUUGGAUGGAUUCGCAAAGCCGAUUUUCCGAGAAUAAGGGAUAUCUUGGAAGCCUUGCCCCGACCGACCAAACAGCAGGGACUUGACUUCUGGAGCAUGGACCCAGCUAAGCGGAACAAGCUUACUUGGACAAAGCAGAAUGGGGAACUUUACGGGCCAGGCGAACAAAGACGACCAAUCAUCAAAUUUGUCAUCGGUGUCAUGCGCAAAAGAUCAAAUGCUCCGGAGAAAAGCCAUGCUCGAAAUGCCGAGCGCUAUUUAGAGCAACUUCUCAAAGAUAGCCAAGAGCUGCAUGAUCAACGAAAUCGUUUGAAACAGGAAAGCCGCUCAAACGGACACGAGCAGAGCUCUCGGCUCCUACAAGUCGAUGGGGAUGCAGCCAAUGCGAACACCGAGCCCCUAGUGCAGGGUAAUCUGCUUAGUGAGAAGCCAUGGUUUCAAUCCAACGAUACUUCAGUGAUUCCUUCUUACAUCAGCGAUGCAACUUGCGUUGCUUUCGCCACCCGUUUGUGCCAGUCCUUGAAAGGGACCAACAUGCCAAUACCCCAUCUUCCAAGAUCGCGUUAUACUGACGAGUCAACAAUUUCAUCUUUACUUCAUGCGGACAUACAAUGGCCCGGCCUUGUAAGUGCUCAGCUAUUAGUCAAGACGUCACUCGGUCAUAUCUUCCCGAUUUUUCAUUUGGUAUUGAAAAGAGACACAUUGGACAUGCUCCAUAGCGUCUAUCACAGGGGCGACUUCGAUAAUCCGGGUAUCAAGUGCAAAUACUUUGCUCUUUUCGCCAUCGCUCAAGUUCUUUCAACUCCUCGUGAUCUUUCCAACAAGUCGAGUGUACCUGGCUUGGCCUAUUUUGCCAAAGCGUGGAGCCUGAUCCAGGUCGUCCCCGAGCGACCAAGCAUGAUUCAUAUAGAAAGUUUGCUCUUGAUUGCUUUCUUCUGCCAAUUUUUGAACCGCUUUCACUCCGCCUACGUUUUGAUCGGGAAUGCGUUACGACUUGGCCUCAGCCUUGGCUUAAACUACAACAUCCCGCAAACUCAAGAUUUACACCCAGUAGCACGAGAACACCGUAUCCGGAUAUGGUGGACCAUCUACGUGCUUGACCGAUUCUGGGGCUCAAAGUCAGGAUUUCCUGUGCAAAUUCACGACGAGGAUAUCCAUGUCGAUCUACCGUCGGUUUUGGUAUCUGAGACAUUUCACGAUCAAUUUUCGGACGGCGCUUAUCAGGUGGCAGCAAUAGAGCUUGCUAGAAUUAUUGGUGACACAACGGGAGAGAUAUAUUGUCGAAAGAUUUCAGCCGAGACCUUUUUGUAUCGUGAACAGCGACUUUUGACUCAGUUGAAACAGUGGGUUCAGUCUCUUCCUGAACAUCUGAAACUCAGUGCGGAAUACCCAAACCCGAAACAUAGAGUUCAGAUGCAUCUCCAGUUCAAUUUUUGCGUCAUCCUGGCAAUUCGACCAGUCCUCCUACAUGUGCUCGCUUUAAAAAUGAAAGACAAAACUGAACAGUCUAUGGAUUCCAUUUCGCCCAUCCUAAUCACUUUGAGCAAGGCAUGUAUACACGCAGCAAGACACUCGCUAGCAUUAUGUGUGAAUGAAUGGACCGGCGGAUCACUCUCAAUAUUUGGCUACUGGUUCCCUGCCUUCCUCUUCUCUACUGCAUUAAUCCUGGUGAUUUCGAGUCUUUUGCCACUCGGGGAUCCAAGCGACUUGGCAUCGGCUGAAACAGCAACUGAGAUCCUCAAGGCUCUCAGCUUAUCAGAUGGUCUGGCAGCAAGAGACCUAUACGAACGGAUGCAGCGCGUGCGCCAGUGUCUUCACGAUAGUCAAAUAUACUCUGCAUCGACACUUUCCCACGGUGCUGUGGACAAUAUUGCCAAUAUAUUGCCGAUGACCGAAGAACCGGAUUCCGAAUCACUACAACCAACCCAGAUUUCAGAUAAUCUCCAAUUCUCCAUGGGUCCUGUGGAGGAUCUGAGUCAUCCGACGUUUGAAUCCGAUGUGCCAUAUCUUACCACGGAGAUGGCUCUGCAUCAACCCACCAUGCUAGAUUUUCUGACCCAGUCUCACGCGGACAUUGGACUACUUGAUCCAGUGGAGAUGUUCAAUGAUUUUGACCUAGCUUUUUCAACGUCUGCCAAUUGA